AUGGCUAUUGUUGCUCGAGGUGUUUCGUCAAUGCUGACGUUUCUACGGAACACUUUCAAAGGGUUGUUACCGCUAAUUAUCCUUGCGAUUUACACCGUCAUUGGUGCAUUGCUCUUCUGUGAGCUUGAAGGGCCUAAUGAGCAACAUAUUUUACAAGAGCAACAACGCGAAAGAGAGGAUCUCAUUCGCAGAACCGUCUACAAGAUCAAUCAUCUCCAAAUCAAACGACAAAGACAGUUGAUGUCGGCUGAAGAGGAAUUCAACAGAACUGCCAAGGUGUUGGCGACAUUCCAAGAAACCCUUGGAGUUAUUGAUCCGGAUCCGGAAAAAGAUGUGCACUGGACAUUUCUUGGAGCACUUUUUUAUUGUAUGACUGUCUACACCACUAUUGGUUAUGGAAAUAUUGUUCCAAUCACGACUGCCGGAAGAAUUCUCACAAUUUUGUACGCUUUUAUCGGAAUCCCUCUCACGGUCAUCUGCUUGUUUUGUCUUGGUUCGCUAUUUGCGAAAGGAUGCAAAUUUCUAUGGAAAUUGUUCUUGAGAUCCACUAGAGUUGUCAGCAAGGAUCUCGAACGGAAAAUUACCGAGGUCGCUGAAAAUAUUGAAGAUGGAGCCAAUAUUGCAAAUCAACAUCCAGAGGAGAACGGCGAUGAUGAUUUAUUAUCAUUCCCAAUUUCCGGAUUGAUGUUCAUCACAGUCAUCUGGAUUUUGUUCUGCGCCAUCGUCUUCACAUUCUUAGAAAAUUGGGAUUUUGGAACAUCAAUGUACUUUACAUUGAUCUCCUUCACUACCAUCGGAUUUGGAGAUAUUUUGCCCACCGAUUAUGAUUAUAUGAUUGUGGUCGGAAUAUUCUUGUUGAUAGGUCUUUCGCUGGUAUCGACUGUCAUGAAUUUGAUUCAGCAGCAAAUUGAAGCUUUGGCAUCCGGUGUCAAAAGCAAUAUUGAUGAGGAAUAUGCUCGAGCUUUGGUUGAAGCUAAGGAGGAUGGAGAUGUUCCACCGGACGAGGAACCGGAAGUUGAAGGAGAUCAGAAGAAAAGUACCUUUGAUGCCGUUUUAUCAAGAAUGGAUUGGAAGAAAAGAGCACUGUUCUACGCCAUGCCCGAAAAGCAGAAGAAGCAGCUUCAAAAGCAUUCCGAAAAGAAGAUGGGACGUAAAAGUAUCAAAGUUCAAACCGACAAUGAGCUUCUUGAUAUCCUAAUUCGCGAGGAGAUUUUGAAAGCUGAGCUCAACAAUGAGACGCACAAAUACACGGCGCCAAGACCACAACAUAAGCUAGUCUACUCUGAAGUGCGGGAAAAAGAAGUCCCAAUCGAGGUGGUCCGAGUUGAAAACCGAGCUAACGACGACUAUUUGGAGCACGACAUUUAA